AUGAAAAGGCAAGCAGUUUGGAAUGAUCUUCAAGCAAAAAUGAGUGGAAAGAGAACUCGUAAUGAUGCCAUGUCAGGGCGAAAGAAGAAGUUCGGAUCGACUGCUCCUCACAAGAUCAUAGUACAACGGCUAGCGUCCGAGCCAGAUACUAAGCAGACAUUUAGACCUGUGCAACCUAGGGAAUUUGUCAACUUUGAGUACGAAGAACUUUCAUUGGUAAACUUAAAGAAAGCGUGCGCAGCCCACUUCAACUUGCCAGCGAGCACGUGCGAUAUUUUGGUUUCAAACAAAGGACCUUCAUGUACAAACAUUGGACAGAUUCCACAUCGGAAGGAUAAGGUAAAAUGAAAAUUUUGUGAGUCUUAACAUUUCAAAUUUAAUGGCCUAAAUUCAAUAGUUUUCAUAUGUAAAAUAGGUUUGUACCCACAUAGGGCCAUCCCAGUUAAAAUUCCCCCCCCCCCUUAACCAGGUUACUGGGUUUAGACCCCUUCGGACACGGUUUUCCGGAACGCCCCCUAAGCUUCCCACAUGUAUAUUAUAUGUAUGAUAUUAUUGUGGAAAGAAGUAUUAUAGUACUAUCAUCACAUUUUCUAAACAGGAGGUUUACCUGGUAUGAUUUGUGGUGAUGCAGGAUGACCAGCCAUUGUCUGAAGACGGAGUUGAAGAUUAUUAUGAGGACAGCAAAUCAACUUCACACCCAAAUAGAAAUUGUAAAAGUGCAACUGCCACAUGCAGCCCAACCAAAAGUAUGACUAUAGAAACAGCUUAUCCAGCUUCAGUAUCAAUAGAUGCUUUACUAAAAGCUGGUAAACUAGCAAAACCACAACCAAAAAACAAAGUAACCAUUACUUUUGAAGCAUUCGACAUUGAAUCAAGAGAGUGGACGGAAGUCAUGGAGGAAGAACUUCUUGUCGACACCAAGAAAUUUGCUUCUGGUGGCUUCAGAGAUGCUUUCCAUGCAACUGGAAAGAAAAGUGCUAAAAACCACCAACCAACAGAAUGGGUUGUGAAAACCUAUAAUGCAAGGGCUAAAAGCACAAUUGAAGGGAUUGCAAGAACAUCAGUUGAGAACCACUGUCGCAAACAGGUGCAAAUGCAUGCUGUGGCACGACACUUCACAAAGAAAUUUGAUUCGAAAGCCCGAGUGUCCCUAUAUGUCGUGUGUUAAAAGUCGUGUGUCGUGGGUAAAGCCGUGGGUCAUAAAAUGUGCUAAAAACGCAUUUUUUCACGAAAAUAUUAUUUUUAUUUUUAAUAUUUUUUUUCGUACUUUUUCCUUUUAUGCGCUACAUAAAUACAGGAAAAUUUAACGCAACAAAACUUCAGUAUUAAAAUAAAAUACAUGCUGUCUCUUGCUGUUAUCUGUAGUAUAACAAGUAAAUGUUUCCGUUUCGUAUAGUCUAAUGGUAAUAAGUCUAUAUAGAUGUAUCAGUUUGAUGAUAAAAUGUCUUAAGUUAUAGGAUAUAGGUUUAUUAGCUUUGGAAGUGUUAUAGUCCUAUCGCGAACGUUGCGAAUAACUAUGUCGAUUGCACAUGUCUAAUACAAACAUAUUGAGCUAUAUAAAAUUCUACGCUGUAAUUAAUGCUAAGUGGCUAAUGCAUGAGUCAAUUCCAGGAGUAACCAUCCCCCCCCCCCACCGGGAACACACCCGGGCAUUUGAUUUGAUUGGUUAUGAUAGUGUAAAUGCCCGUGUGCCGGGACACAACUUGAAGACUAAUGCACGGCCCCUGGGCAAGCUGAGAGUGGAAAAUGCUCCACCCCAGGGACGAUUUUACAGUCGAUUUCAUGAAACUUUGACCACAAAUGUUCCGAACUUCGUUGCAAAGUUCGCAAGUUCGUUGCAAAGUUCGGAAGCUCAUAUUGGAAUUCACAAGCCAAUUUGUAAACAAAGUCCCUGAUUUGCCUGUGAAGUAAAAGAAGUCAAUCAAAUGCGUAGUUUACGAACUGGUUUGUGAAUCUCAUUAUGAACUUUUGAACUUCGCAACAAUCUUGUGAACUUCGCAACGAAGUUCGGAAAAUUUGUGGUCAAAGUUUUGUGAAAUCAACUGUAAACGUUAAUUAAACUUUUAAUCGCAUAUAAUCAUUUAAUAACAUAGUAUUAAACUGCUAUGGAAUAUUAUAAAACAUAAACCUUUAAUAGUUGUAUUUAAAUUUGCAUGGCACAGGGUAUAAUUUUCGCUUAUUCUUACAAUAAAUUUCACGCCACCUUGACCACGAGGGCGCAAAAUACGAUCAGCGCGCCCACAUGAGUGCCUGAAACUAGGUUUUGCUGCCUUAAAAUUUGUGGAUGGGCUUUUGGUCAACCAUUUGUCAAAUCUCCGGGGUCCUCUAAUACCCGGCCCCCGUGCACAUAUAUGAAAGGCAAAUUCCCGACCCCCGUGAACUGUCUAUCGGGCAAAUUCCCGGGGGUGUCCUGGGAGGGGGGGAUGGUUACUCCAGGAAUUGACUCGUGCAUAAUGCUCGAGCCUCAGCUGAUUUUGCCAUUUUAUCUCCUAGUAUAUGCCGGUUCGUGGCCCUUAUUAAAGAUAGACACUGAACAUUUCAUGUGUAUGUGGCUUUAGGAAAUAUUCCAUAAAUUGCUACGAUUUGGGAUGAUUUCCCGAUUGAAAACCGAAUGAUUUGUGCGAUGUUGGGCUAUUUGCCAACAAAGCGCGCUUACCGCUGUUAUUCAGUUUGACAGAAUAUGAUAGGCCUACCUCUAUACACUUUUCAGCCGUAAUACAAAUAAAUGCGCGCAUUGUAAUCAUAUACAUAUCGUUUAAUUUAGCUUCAAAAACUUGAUAAAAAACAUGUUAUUUGUGCAUGUUGGUUCCGGAGCGCAAUGGUGUGAUCAUUGCCAGAGCACAUGCAAAGCUAGCCUAUGGUGUAGACCCCCCGCCAGCAGAAACACGUUUCGUGAAAAGAAACACGUUUCUGCUGGGGUCUACACCGUAGGCUAAUGCAAAGCCGCCUCGGUAUAUAUCAUGUAUUUAACGGGAAAUCUUGCUUAUUUCAGUCUAAUAAAGUCAAUUUUUUUCUUAUCAAAUGUGCGCAAUACGCUGCGCAUUUUACAUUUAACAAGAUACAGCAAUUUUGAUUUUAUCAAGUUUUAUCAAAAUUUUAAAAUUAAACGAUAUGUAUAUGGUUACAACUUACAAUGCGCGCAUUAUGUAUCACGGCUGAAAAGUGUAGAGGUAUCAUAUUCUGUCAAAAUAACAGCGGCUAGUGCGCUCAGUCGGCACUAGAAAUAGCCCAACAUCGCACAAAUCUUGGCACAAAUCUUGGCACAAAUCAUUUCGGUUUUCAAUCACAAAAUCCCAAAUCUUAGCAACUUACGGAAUAUUCAGUCCGAACGCCACAUAUACAUGAAACGUUUGUCUACCUUUAAGGGUCACGAACAUAUACUAGGAGAUAAAAUAGCAAAAUUUGAGACUCGAGCGUUGGCCACUUUACAGUCGUUACGCUAAAUACAGCGUACAAUUUAUAGCUCACUAUGUUUGUAUCAGACAUAUGCAAUCGACAUAGUUAUUCGCGACGUUCGUGAUAGGGACUAUAACACUUCCAAAGCUAAUAGACCUAGCUAUAUCCUAACUUAAGAAAUUUUCAGUGUCAUCAAGCAACAGCCUCGUCCCCGGCGCUUUCAGUAUUUUCAAUAUGGUUGAAAAUUUAUAUAUACAAAUAACCUUGUAAAUACGACAAUGUUCGUUGAUCAUGUUCGAUGUCUACAUAACCAAAUUCAAACUGUACUAAAAAUGUGCUCAAUUAAAAAAAUUUAUAUACAAAUUUACGAUACUGAGUCUGAGCAAUGGUCGUAUAAUCGUUGAUGUUAUUUAUAUACUCGCAAGUUGUGAUCAACUGGUAUACACAACUACGCUUGCUACUUGACAGGUUUGAGUAGCUGAGGAGAUUGUAAACAUGACUGUACUGUGUUGUCAAAACAUUUUUAGUCGGAGACUCGGCAUAAUUUUCAAGCUUAUACAUAGCAUUUAAUAUGGCUUUAUAAUUUAGUAAACACAAGUCAUAUUUAGCCCAUUAUUCCAUUCUGACCGUAUCGUAGCAAAUUUCAAUGUUCCGACAGCAUUAGAGCAAAACUAAUGACUAAUUAUAAACGCAAAGGAAAUUUCCAUAACAUUUUCUUUUUACAAAUGCGGUAUGCUUGGUAACCAGGCCAGGGACCACUUUUUUGAAAUCAGGGUCCAUUUUACCGAAAUCUGCUAGGCUCUCUCGCUGAAGCGUUCCGCACAGCACACCCAGGCAUAAAACUUUUAAGACUUAUUUAAAUAUAUCAAAGCAGCAAAUAGAGAGAGAGCCUGGGACUAGGCUGCAAUACAUCUAUAGACUUAUUAGACUAUACGAAACGGAAACAUUUACUUGUUAUCAGUUAUACAAUAGAUAACAGCAAGAUAAGAACAGGGACCGUGGAGGUAUUUUUUGAUUGGGGGGGCUAGCGAACGCCAAAGGCGUGAGCGUUCUGGGGGGGUCCGGGGGCAUGCCCCCUGGAAAAUUUUGAAAUCUGAGACCUCUCAGAGCCCCAGAAAUGCAAUAAAACCUGCUAGUUUCUCUUAAAAAGUUUCUUCAACGAUUCUUAAGCAAGCCAUUAUGUAAGGGUAAAAUUUAUUCACUUUGUACAUUUUCCUUGAAUAGAUUUUUUUCUUCGAACUUUAACGCCUUAUUUAAGCGUAAUUUAAAUUGCAUUUUCCAUACUUAUCGUCUCUACCUUUUUUAGAAAUGUUUUUUUUUCUGGAAAGUGUUCAAUAAUAAAGGAAUACCGAAUGGUUUUCCGUGCAAGAUUGCGUGAUCCAUGCACGAGGGAUAUCGCGAGACUUUCUGAAAGCGUAAACUAAUACUCGAGCCGCAGGCGAGUGUAUUUUUACACUUUCCGAAUGUCGAGCAACAUCCCAAGUGCAUGGAUCACGCAAUCCUGCUUGGAAAACCAUUUGGUAAUUGUUUUAUAAAAUAACUGCAGCGAAACUAUAACAUUUUAAAUAACGCCGCGAAGGCGUUUUAAUUCCUCGUGCAGCAUAGCCUGAUCCUGCACGACUAUUGACCAACCAAAUUGCGUGUUUCACUGUAUAGUUAUUAUAUAACCUGCAUUUUUUUGUGAGAAUUUUGUUGGGAGAUAAUUUAGGUUCCAAAGGCAAAGAAUAGUCAAACACAAGCAAACAGUAAGUUAGAACGACGCUUAGCAGUUUUAACGCCAACAUUUUGUUUGGAACCGAAGCGAAACACGCGUAUUCGCUGUGUCUGAAGCAGAUAUGGAGUUUCAACCGUUAUUUGAAACCGAGUGUGACACCUUGGAUAAUGUUAGGCUCAGAAUUUUAAAUAAAGUGGUCAAAUGCGACUAACAACUCUUGACAUUAUUGCACAGCGUCAUGAAAGUUGAGACCUGUUGUUUGUAAAAGCUAUAUGUUUCGCUGGUUGGAAAUGGCCUCUAUAAUUCUGAAAUACGCAAAUCAGACAUUUGAUAUUUUUCUGGACUACGCAAACAAAAGUGCUAUCUGCGCUAUAUUAAAAUCAGAUAUGUACGAAAAAUUAUUGGGGGGGGGCUAAAGCCCCCCAGCCCCCCCCCCCCCUGCUCCGCGGUCCCUGAAGAAACAGCAAUACAGCAUGUAUAUUAUUUUAUUACUGGAGAUUUGUUGCGUUAAAUUUUCCUGUAUUUAUGUAGCGCAUAAAAGGAAAAAGUACGGAAAAAAAUAUUAAAAAUAAAAAUAGUAUUUCCGUGAAAAAAUGCAUUUUUAGCACAUUUUAUGACCCACGACUUUACUCACGACACACGACUUGUAACACACGACAUAUAGGGACACUCCGAAAGCCCCAUCCAGUUUUGGUAAGUGUUUUAAGUAUAACCGCUGUUUCUAUACCUUGUACAAUGGUGAGCCUGCAACAAUUGAAGAGUAUGUGCCAGGCAGAUUUGUGAAGAUUGGCAACAAUGAUGGCCAGUGUAUAAAACCACCAGAGGGAGCAAGCAGUCAGUGCAAGGAGAUAUUUGCCAAGGCACAGUGCUUGGUGCACUAUACCUAUCACUCAUCUGAGAAGAAACUUAUGCUUCUUGAUAUACAGGGCUCAGAUUUCACACUGUACGACCCAGAAAUAGCCACAGAUAAUGUUUUAGAUAUUGAAACAGAUGAAAUGUAUUUUUGUUGUGGAACUGUACUACUGUGGGAAUGGAGAAGUUCAUAGAAGACCAUACUUGUAAUGAGUUCUGUGAAUUAAUGGGUUUGUCAGUCUUGUCGAGUUAAAGAAGAGUACUCGCAAACCAGUUAAUUAAACAAAAACUAUGCAAACAGUGAAUGACAUAAACUGGCACUUUUAUCACUUUAUAAAUGCAGUUUUGUUUAUUUUGGUUAUAGUCAUGAAUUUGGAAUUAUAUUUGCUUAUUUAACAGCAAACUUUAGCAAUUAUUGUUCACACUUAUUAUUUACAUAGUUAUGUUUUUAUCAAUAAACACCACUUUAAUGCUAUUAAUGUUAAUGGCAUUUAUCAUGUUUAAUGUAAUGCUUUGAUUGUAUAAGAAUAACUUAAUACAUUUUCAGUGGUUUUUGUUAUGAUAUCAAGUAUUCAAUCAGCUCAACCAAUCAUAAAGUAUGAAACAAAAACUGAAAAAUGAAAGCAUCUUCAAAACCCAAGAUAUGGACUAAAGCAAGACAUAAAUUUGAUGGAUAUAUUUCGAUCAUAUUACAUAAUUAUCAUAAUAGGAUAAUAAUAAUAUGGUAAUCAUCAUGACCAUUUAAGUUUACAUCUUGCUUUAGUCCAUAUCUUGGGUUUUCAAGAUGUUUUCAUUUUUUGUUUUUUGGUUUAUACUUUAUUUUCAUAAAAUGUCGGCUGGUUCUGGCUUUUCAACCAAUCAUGUUCAGCUCAUUAAAAGUCCAACAAUUUUCCAUUACCAGUGAAACCGUCUGGUAUUAGACAAUGCAAAAUUACAAAGUAAGGCCAUUAAUUAACAUGCUUUGCUGUUUACUUUAAUGAGUUAACCAGUGUCAUUCUUUGGUUAUGAGCUAAUUUAUAAUCUCAAUUUUCCUACUAUACUGCCACUAAGCUUGUGCAACCAUUAUUCAUUUGGAACGUUUCUAGCCACGGUUUCUAUUUUUAAAUACAAUUAGUCUAUCUUGGCACUGGCACUAAAAUUAUUGAUAAUGGGCUUUGAGGAAAAGAUAGGCAUCAGCAGCAUCCAUGGGUUUCACACCAUUUAUGUCCGGAAUAAUUCGUUCACACUCCGCUGUUACAUUGGGAGAUAAAAAGUCCUCUCCAACGGUCAUGACACUUGAUAAUUGUGCCGCCUCAUCUAGCGCCUCUUUAGUGACAGGUAAUCCUAAAAGAAUAUGUUUUUAUAUCAAAAAGCAUUUUUAUUUUUACAUGAUUAAGCAACACUCAAUUUCGCCGAUUUUGAUAUUAAGCUUUCUAUAAUCUUCGAGGAGACCAUAUCAUCCUGUUUAAUAUUUUUAUCGUCUCACAACAAUGAAGUGGGGAUGAGUGUUUACUGCCUGUUUCAGCCUGAUCUCCCUACAAAUAUUGUCACUGAUGUAUUACAUAUGUACAACAUAGAAAUGCUUGUAAAUUAAUAUACUUACAGUCUGAUCUACAAGGGAAUAAGAGUGGAAUCAAUGAUAUAUUAAAACCAAGUUGUACACAGCAGCUGAAAUUUUUGUAUAAGAGAAGUGUGAACAUGUCAGGGAAACUUUUGAAUAUAGCUGUUCAGAUGUGAGGGCAGGACUCCUGAAGCCUGUGUGGGCAAUUAAAUUUAACAUAAUGCAGUUUUAAGAAUGAUAUGCUGGGGUAAUCUUAACCACACUUUAGUUGGAAUUAAUGUCUCUAACACUAACAAUAAGAUGACUUGAUAUGCCAAUGUACAUUACUUAAUGAGGUAGUUAAAAUUUUGUUUGUUUUCCGUACCACAUUCCUCAGCCCCAUAGUUUUCUGGAAAUGAAUACAAAUGAUUAGGGAUCCCCUUAGGCAUUUGUGCAUCUUUCUGACUUCUGACCCUGUGAGAAUUCCAUAUAGUUUCUCUGAAUAUGUUCAUUUCCUUUUGAGUAACAGGAAUGAAGAUAAAUGCAAGUAGAUCCCUGUUAAAAAAGAAUAAUUUAACAUUUAAUAGAUAGAAGCUAUGUUUUUUUAAAUUUUUAAAAAAGUUGUCUAUCUACUGUACUAAAUAAACACUGUACCUGUCAGAUUGGUUAUGUGGAUCAUAAUGUCCUCUUUCUAAUAGCAUCCUCAGUUGCCGUUUGAAGAAUUUUUCAAAAUGCUGAUGCAGCUCAUGCCACCACCUUUCAAUCUGUAUUAUUAAAAACAUCCAAUUUACAUAUUAUUAAACAUCCAAUUUAGCCUUGGAAGGUUAGUUUAAAUGGAUAAAAGGCCUCUAAAGAUCCAAGCAACAAACAAUUUCACCUUGUUGCUUGUGGAAGGACCAUAGUGCACUGUGUCAACAGCAUCCUGAUUUGCUUGUCCAUCUCCAUGUGUUUGUUUAAAAAAUGCAUGAAUUGUAGCCAUUUGGCCAGUCUCGGUCCCCUUAUCUAAUCGAAGAUUCUUACUGAUCACUGAAACAUAAAAAUGUACAACUUAUUUGCACCAUUUCAUAAUUCACAAUAUUUUCAUACAAAAGUACACACCUGCUGUUAAAUGUAACAAAAAGUUAUCUUCUCAGCUUCAUUAGUGACAAACCAUUAGAAAAGUGGAGGGGGGGGGGGGUUCAGCUUGCAUGAAUUGUUUUCAGCCUUCAGCUUAUCAAGGAAUUUUUUUGUAGAAUUUUUUUUACUUUUAUUUGCUUUCCUCCUUGCGCAAACUUUUUUCUUUAAAUUUUCCCCUACACAAUUUGUUUCUGCCCCCCCCUCUCAUUACCUUUCAAUGGUUUGUCACUUAUUAACUUAUUAACUUAUAUGCAGUUCUCAUUGAAAAUUACCACUAGUCUACAGGUAUUAGAAUUUUAAAGACAAGUAGUUGAAAUUUUCCCCACUCAAUGGAGGCUUUAUCCCAAAUUAUAUCUGCUUAAACUCCCUCAUUUUUAAACCGGCAAGAACAGCAUUUUGAGUAUAUAAUAAUAUUGUAAAUCAUGAUUGGCCAAUCGGUGGAAUUGCAUUAGUGUAUAUUCACACCUCUUGUUUGAUAAAGGUGCUCCAAAUACCAACGCCCGAUUAGUUUAGGAUCAGAGUUCGAAGUCCAAAGCUUUAAAUACAAAAUGUAACCACUGAACGCAUCUUGAAGUCCAUAUACUGCCAAAGGGAAAGUGUAGUUCAUGUAAUCCAUUAGCUUGUCAUGUCCGUCGCCAGAGUGAGUGUGGUUGGGUCCCUAAAUAAAUUUGCAAGACAAUCAAAUGUCAAGGUUGUUGUGGUGUUCAUUUGGAAUCCACUUGAAUGAAAAAUAUUUCUUACCAAUUAUGUAAAUGUUCCAGUUUGUCCACGGUGACGUUUCUUUCUCCCCACAUUACUUCGAUGUUCUAGACCUUCUGGAUCAACCAGAGUCAUAACGUCAUAAACUACGCCACAUGGUACAGCUAAAUUAUGCUGUUCUCGUAACUUUUUGUGCAUUGACCUAUAUCCAAGCAAUUGCCCUGGUCCAUCAGUUUCCUCCCUGACAGCUGUCUCAACUGCUUCCAAAUCGGUACCAUAGUCGAUAUAUUUAAUAUUAAAAUGAGCCAUCCUUCGACUAAGCGUUGUUAAACUCCACGCAUAUUGUGGAUAAUCUUGUUGCACAAAGUCUAAAAGUUCUUUGCGACUCAGGUUUUGCAAUACGUACCGCUGGAUAUCCGAUUUUAAAUCUUCGUCAGUCUCCCAAUCUGGAUUUCGAAUUCUGUUAUUCAUAGUUGCAGUUUUCUAUGAAUAAAUACCCGUCAACUUUCGGCACAAAUUCUCUUCUUAUAGUUAAUAUUUCUUCUUUUUUAAAUAAAAAAAAACUCGACAAAUACACAGUCUCACAGAGUUUAGGAUGCAUGCCAUGAGUGAUCUCAACGGUAACAAUACUUCAUUUAUGCAUAUCAUUUUGUCCCGAAAGAGACAGCCGCUGACCAACGAUAUCCUGGGCUAUGGAAACGCUGGGCCAUCGCAACAUUCGAAAUUGAUUUUUGACAUGUUUCGAUGGCCCAUCGUUAUCAUAGCAAAAUAAAAAUCAAAUUGAAAAUCAAAUGUUUUGAAAUUUUCAAAGUUGUUUUCUUAAUCGGUUUUUUAUUUUAUAUUUUUUAUGUUUUAGUGCCUUUAAUUGUUUUUUUUCAGUUUUUCAUAAAUUUAUGAGUUUGUUUUCUGCUCGAUUUUUUUUCGUUUUUUUUUCUUAAUUAAUUUUUUGUUUUUGGUUUAAAUUUUACUCAAAUAUUUUUUCUAUAUUUUUAUGUCAUGUAUUUUUUUAAAUUUUAAUUUUAUAUUGCUUUUAUUAAUUUUGAACUAUUUUUUCACAUCUUAUUGUAAAUAAAACAGGUAUAUCACUAUGGUAACGCUGGGCCACCAUACUAUACCCAUUGUUAUAGUCAUCGACUUAAUUUAGCUGUAUGUGAUUCUUUGACUGUUGUUGAGGUCAAUACUAUGAUGAAACAUGUUAAAGAAGUCUCACAUUUUAUUAAUAUCUCCCAGACACGUAACAUGCCUUUUAAGGAAAUUGUCCGCAAUUAUCCUGAGAGAGAAUCUCAGAAAAAACGGCUGGUAGAUGUUUGUCGGACCAGAUGGGUUGAGCGAAUUGCGGGUUUGGAUACAUUUAUUGAGCUUUUUGUCCCUUUAUAUGAUACCCUCAAGGAGAUGAAAGAUAAUGUAGAAGGGAGCUAUAGACCAAACCUUGUCACUGAUGCUUCUCAUUUUUAUGAUCUUGUUGCAAAGUUUGAAUUUAUUGCAGCUUUGAUCAUUUCCCACAAUAUUCUUGAUAGACUUCUUCCAGUGACUAUAUUACUACAGGGAAAGAGUAUUGAUAUUAUGGAUGGUAUUCAUUUAAUUAAUACUAUGAAAAAUGACUUUAUUAACUAUAGAAAUUCCAUUGAUUCUUUCCAUGAUGCCUGGUAUGCAGAGGCAUUGGAUUUAGCUGAAAAAGUUAACAUAGAAGAGAGUAAACCAUGGACAGUAGGGAGACAAACAACUCGAUCCAAUCCUCCAUAUAAGUCAAUCUCAGAAUAUUAUAAGCGUACCAUAAGUAUUCCUUCAGUUGACCAUAUUAAUUCUGCUUUACAACACAAGUUUGACACUGAUAGUGUUGACAUUAUUAAGCAUUGUACCGAAAGAGAUGAUGUCUUUAAAAGAGAAUGGGAAAGACUGGCAGGAUGA